GCGUAGGUGCCACCCGCGGAGAUGAAAUGUGAGCCCGGGUGGCCGAGGACGCUGGGUCGGCCGCUUAGCCCGCCGCCCGAGCGCCGCGGGGACAGACAAAGAGACCUCCGCCCCAGCGCAGCCCCGCGCGGCGGCCCGGGCUCCCCUCGAAAGCUCCCAGGGCGAUGGCCAGGUCUCCGCGCCACCCGCCUCUCCAGAGCGCUGCCCUCUCCGUCUGACCGCCCUCCAGCUCCCCCGUCCCCUCCGGUGCCGGGCUCUCCCUUGGCUCCCAGCCCUCUCUACAGACCGGUCUGUCUGUCUCUCUGUCCAUCUGUCCUGGCGCGCAACCUCCGGCCACCGGCUUGGAUGGACGCGCGGAGGGUCCCCGGGUGUCCAGGGGUCUUGCUUCCGAAGUUGGUCCUGCUCUUUGUCUACGCAGAGGAUUGCCUUGCUCAGUGUGGCAAAGACUGCAAAUCUUACUGCUGUGAUGGAACCACGCCCUACUGUUGCUCCUACUAUGCCUAUAUUGGGAAUAUUCUCUCGGGCACAGCAAUUGCUGGCAUAGUAUUUGGAAUCGUAUUCAUCAUGGGGGUCAUUGCUGGAAUUGCCAUAUGUAUCUGCAUGUGCAUGAAAAACAACCGUGGGACGCGGGUGGGUGUCAUCAGGACCACCCACAUCAAUGCCAUCUCCUCCUACCCUGUGGCACCACCCCCCUACAGUUACGACCAUGAGAUGGAACACUGUGCAGACUUGCCUCCUCCGUACUCCCCGACCCCAGCACAGCGUUCCCCACCCCCUCCGUAUCCUGGAAAUUCAAGGAAGUAAUCCUUCUCCCAGGACAGAAUAUGCGCCAAUCAGAGAUCUUGCCCCCCGGAAUAAAAUGUCUCUACUCAGAAACAGACAGGAAAGGACUGCCCUAAGGAAUACCCUUUUGGGUUAGACAAUAUGUCAAGUGGAAUGUCCAGGCUAAGAGAAGAGAUUCAGGGUUUCUACCCUACUCAGAGCUGAUCCCAUCUGGGGUAUUAUGUUGGGUUCAAUGGGACCACAUUUGAAGAGUUCUACCGAUCAACAUAAGCACACUCAGAAAAGAGAAAUGGAUAGACAAAACAUCGGAAAUUCAUGUUGCUUAAGGAACAAAUGAAGGAAAUUGCAACAUUGAUCCUGAAAAAGAGAAGAUUUAUGUAAGACAAGAGGAUAACCUGGACUACCUAAGGAAACAACUAUACUCUGUAGCUUUAAAAGUCAGAACUAGAAUUGUUCAGUCUUUUUGUUCAUCGACAAAUGCAGAUCGAAUGCCUGAAAGCCUACUCUGUGCCUUACAUUGUUGGAAACACUAGAUGGAAGUUACAGGAAGAGAACUUUGGUUUUAGUAUAAGAAAGGGCUGCUGAAGCUUUCGUAUUGACUAGAUUGCUUUGUGAAGCUCCCUAUCACCAAGACUCCAAACAGAACCUGGCUGACUACCUGGUAGAGACAUGCUCGAGAAGGGAGAGCUAAAUUAAAUGGUCGAUGGGUUCAAUGGGCCCCCAAAGCUCCGCUCAUGUUUUAGGUAGAUGUGAGGUGAAUUUCUAUGCCAUCAAGAAUGAAAAUAACAGAGAUAGUUGAAUCCAUCUAAUUUGAGACUUAAAACAAUCAAAAGGACUUAACAGCUGCUUGAAGCCAAGAACUCUUCAGUGCUAGAUACUGGCCACCUAAAAAUCAUCUGAUUUUACUUAGUGUAUUAUGAUAAAGGUUAUUCCAACUGUGAAAAAAAAUUGUACCAAGUUCCACAAGCAACAAAUACUUCAUUUCAGAUUAAAAGAUGAGAAGCCAGAAUCCCAUGGGAUUUUACAUCAGGGAGUAAAAUUUCAAAACUCGACCAGGAAGAUAUACAAAAGUUUACAAAAAGAAGAGGGAAAAAUGAAGUUUGGAUUCUGUUCUGUGUAACUCCGCUCACAUGCAGCUUAGACAAAUUUCUAUUUUUCUUGUAAUAUUUUAAUAAUCUAUUCUCUUGAAAAAGUUAUACAGUUAAUGGUAAAGUAAGAUAUUGACAUCAAACUGUGUUGCCUUUUGCCAAAAUCCAUAUUUUAUGAAGUGCCUACCUUUAGGUGUAAAAGUUUUUAAUAAAUAAUUCUAAUAUGCCAUACUUUGCUGCAAGUGACCUUAAUCAACAUUUCUGUUUUUAUGAGGGUCCUUUCAUGUAUUUUAAAUUGUACAUUGAGAAACUAUUGGGAAUAGAUGAUUAUAUUUGUUUGUCGCUUUUCAAUUAAAUCUAAAAUGUUUAAUCCAACAUCAUCAGCACAAUUCAGUGAAAUCCCAAAAUGAUGCUAAUGAUUUUUCUGAAUAAAACAACCAAAAGAAAUGUCUUAAAGCAAAAGUUAUAGUUCAGGAACUCAGUAGCUGUAGUUGGGAAACUCAGUAGCUCAUAUAAGUAGCAUAUUUUACUUUCAAAUACAUUGAUCUGGCUGAAAUACUGUCUAACUGCCAGUGAAAUCUAAAAACUAGAUUUGUUUGGAAUGACUUGCUUGAUUUUUAGGCACUGGUGAUUUUCUUGCUUAUGAAGCCAGAAAGCAUUCAAGCAUUCCAGUCCAUCCUAGUAACUGAGAUUUUAGCACAAUUUUAACAGUGCAUAUGCUUUAAUUUAUCUCCCUUCUGCAAGUGCGAUCAGACCCAAUUACACUGUAGCUACACAAUUCAAAGUGCCAGAGCCUCUGUGACAUUCAGAAUGAUGUUUCCCAAUGCACUUAAGAAAAAAUGGAGAGGAAAAGUCCAGCAGAAAUUGAAUUCUCAUCAUCUUCGCUGUCAAUAAAUGUUUAUUGUGCAUACCUUCUAUGUUCUGCAAACAUGACCCACAUAGGAGCUAUUACAAUCCACACCAUCUCUCUUCUUUGAGUUUUUUUAUGGCCUCCCUUAAAGCAUAUCACAAACCCACACACCUACAAUAGAUGAGUAUUUUUACUAUUUGUAUUUAGUGUCACGAUCGUGUACAUGUGCACAAUAUCAGUAUAGACUUUUGGAGUUCACUGAUUAUUUUCAUAGAUGACACAUCUUGGGGGGAAAUAGUAUAUGAUGUGAAAGCUUUGAAUUAUGGUUAUUUAAAAACUAAUGUAUUUGCUAUGUCCAAAGUGUUUAUAAUAAGCAAUAAAAUGAAAU